AUGAAACAAAUUGAUUAUUUAGGUUUACCAAAUGGUUUUGAUCGAGUAAUUCUUGGUGAACUCCCACCAAUUCCUGGUGCAUACGAAGGUCAACGCAUAUUUAUCAAGACAGAUCGCAGUCUUUUGAAAAAUCUGGAAAUAAAUUCUAUGAUGGACAAUGCGAAAACUUUUACGAAACAACGAUUUUGUCGAUUCGUUCGAGGAGAAUCCAAGUCCGAAUGUGUGAAAAUUCGAGCGUUUGCCAAAAAUAGCGAUAAGAAAGUUCUGAUCAAAUGGAUCAAAACUUUAUCGAAACUGCCAUCGAAAUUACAACUCAACCGUCAGUAUAGAAAACUAGCAGUUAUGCAUGGGAUCUAUGAAAUCUACCAACAGGCGAAAAAGUUAGAAGCAGCUGGUGCGAAAAGUGAUGUGAAAAAAUUUCGAAAGUCAUUGACUGAAAAAUACGGAGAAGAUCAUAUUCGACUUCGACAAGGUCAAGAAAUUAUUUUUACAACAGCAGAAUUGAAAUCGAGUCAUCUAACUUGCGAAUCAAAGAAAGAUAAACGUUGUAAAAAAUGA